AUGUGGGGUGAGGUUUGUUUUAUUGAAGAGGAUGGGGACACUCUUUUGGCGGUUAAACGUGUGUGUAUUAAGACUGGGAAACCUUCUUUGAUUCAUGAUAUGAUUAAAUUGGUUGCUCAAGGUGUUGAAUAUGGGGUGGUGAUGCGUGAAAUCUCAAAUUGGGAACCUGAUAUUAUGGAGGAGGGAGAAAUAGGGUCGGAUAUUCUGGACCUGUCAGGGGGAGAGGGUGAUGAGGGGCAAAAGAAUUCUUUUAGCAUGGAUAAUACACCUAUUAACGGUGUUAGAGGAGUUGGCUUUGUUGAUGGCAAAGGAAGAUUUUUUCAAACUAGUAAUAAAAGAAAAGGUAAUGGAGUUGUGGAUGGGGGGCUUUCUCCACCAAAUGUUGUUGUCACGAGAGGUGUCGCCGAAAACCAAAGUAAUCCGGUUGUGCCUUCUCCGAUUACGGUGGUUGAGUGUGAGCUGCAGGGUGAUUCGCCCCAAUUGGUGGCUAAUAUGGAGGGGGAGGGGGCAUCCGAAUCACCAUCAUAA